UUUCCCCCCUUUUCUUUCAGUUAUAGAUAUAUAUAUAUAUAUAUUUUUUUUUUGUAGGGAGGGGUGGGGGGAUGUUGUAAUUUUUUUUUGGAUGGUAAUUAAGGGAGCUAACACCAGCUAGGCUAGAGUGAACGCAAACAAGACCCCUAUAGGCAGCACAGUGCAUUAAUGUAAAAUAUGCCCAGACAACAUAACUUGUCAGAGAGGAUUAUUUCUGCUUAGUGAAUCUGCAGGGGCCCCUUUGCUCCACCACUCAGCGUCUGACUAGAGAGAGAAAGAGAGAAAGAGUAGCCAUUAGUGAGUAGCUACUGUGGCAUUGAUGUUUGAGCGUACUUCUGAACUGGCUUUUGUUGAGAAUAUCGGUGCAGAAAGCAUGCGCUGUCCCAAAUCCGCUGUUACUAUGAGAAAUGAGGAGCUGCUUUUAAGUAACGGCACAGCUAACAAGAUGAAUGGAGCUUUGGAUCAUUCAGACCAACCAGACCCAGAUGCCAUUAAGAUGUUUGUUGGACAGAUUCCCCGUUCAUGGUCGGAAAAAGAGUUAAAAGAACUUUUUGAGCCUUAUGGAGCUGUCUACCAGAUUAAUGUUCUCCGAGACAGAAGUCAGAACCCUCCCCAAAGUAAAGGUUGUUGUUUCGUAACAUUUUAUACAAGAAAAGCUGCUCUUGAGGCACAGAAUGCACUGCACAAUAUUAAAACUUUACCUGGGAUGCAUCAUCCUAUUCAGAUGAAACCCGCAGAUAGUGAAAAGUCAAAUGCUGUGGAAGACAGAAAAUUGUUCAUAGGAAUGGUUUCGAAGAAGUGUAAUGAGAAUGAUAUCAGGGUGAUGUUUUCUCCGUUUGGCCAGAUAGAAGAAUGCCGAAUCCUUCGGGGACCGGAUGGGCUGAGCAGAGGCUGUGCGUUUGUCACAUUUUCUACAAGGGCAAUGGCACAGAAUGCAAUCAAAGCCAUGCACCAGUCUCAGACCAUGGAGGGCUGCUCUUCGCCAAUCGUGGUGAAGUUUGCCGAUACCCAAAAGGACAAGGAGCAGCGGCGUUUGCAGCAGCAGUUGGCACAGCAGAUGCAACAGCUCAACACUGCCACUUGGGGAAACCUCACAGGUCUUGGAGGACUCACACCACAAUACUUAGCUCUUCUACAGCAAGCAACUUCCUCCAGUAACUUGGGUGCCUUCAGCGGCAUUCAGCAAAUGGCCGGCAUGAACGCUUUACAGUUACAGAAUUUGGCAACUUUAGCAGCCGCAGCAGCCGCCGCCCAAACCUCAGCUACCACCACCAAUGCAAAUCCUCUCUCCACAACGACUGGUGCUCUGGGAGCCCUCACAAGUCCCGUGGCUGCAUCAACUGCUAAUUCCACAGCUGGUGCGGCCAUGAAUUCUUUGACUUCUCUGGGUACUCUCCAAGGAUUGGCUGGAGCCACUGUUGGACUGAAUAAUAUUAAUGCACUAGCAGGUACCGUAAACAUUGCUCAAAUGCUCUCAGGUAUGGCGGCCCUGAACGGAGGACUCGGCGCAACAGGCUUGACGAACGGUACGGCCGGCACGAUGGACGCGCUCACCCAGGCCUACUCAGGAAUCCAGCAGUACGCUGCGGCCGCGCUGCCGACGUUGUACAGUCAGAGCUUGUUGCAGCAGCAGAGCGCUGCGGGCAGCCAGAAGGAAGGUCCAGAAGGGGCAAACCUCUUUAUUUACCACCUCCCCCAGGAGUUUGGAGACCAGGACAUUCUGCAGAUGUUCAUGCCUUUUGGAAAUGUUAUCUCUGCUAAAGUCUUCAUUGACAAACAGACCAAUCUGAGCAAGUGCUUUGGUUUUGUUAGCUAUGACAAUCCAGUCUCUGCACAAGCUGCUAUCCAGGCUAUGAACGGCUUUCAGAUUGGCAUGAAACGCUUGAAGGUUCAGCUGAAACGCUCCAAAAAUGACAGCAAACCUUACUGAUCUUAACCCCAGAUGCUUACUGCUCUUAUUUUAGCUUUCUUAGGGUAAGUCCCAUGAGCAAACCUGUCCUCUGCAGGGGGGUUAAGAAAGAACAUAGAGCCAACCUUCACCAAGAGACAGUUAUUUUUACAGUUACCACUUCCAUUUCCCCACUUGUCCUUAUUACACUUGGCUCCCAUUUCCUUGCCAAGUAAUUACUGAGUUGUGUUACUGUAUUUUGUUUUGCAGCAUAAUUUAUCUCCUUUUUAAAACAAAAAUAAACGUCUUGAAAUUCAAAGCAACACACACACACACAAAAAAAUGUGCAAUUUAACUCUGUGAACCCUGGUGCCAUUAGCACACAAUAAAAGUUGUUUUCUAUGGAUGGAUCGUAUUUUACCAGGGUGGCACCAGCAGUUUAUAGGUUAAACGAAAUGGCCUCAUGCCAGUUGAAGCACUUAUUUUGCAACAAAAAUUGAAACAAGUCUUUCCACUACAUCAACUUGUUUUUUGAGAAGAUUUGAUUUUUUUUUUCGGUUCGAAUCAACGUAUUGUUAUAUAUUAGUCUGAUUUUACACUGGUCGUCUUUAUAUUUCACUUUUUUUUAAGUUCUUGGUUUUUUGGAAAGGAUUAAUGUAAAAAAGAUUUAGAGAUCUGUUUCUAAAGCUACAGGGUUUAAAAUAAAAAAAAUAAAAUAAAAUGAGUGACAAUACUUGAUGUUUCUUGAGAGAUAAAUUUAAUAAUAAUAAAAAAAGAAAGCCACAGGCCUGUAAAUUUUAUUUGUAAAAAGCAUUUCUAUUUUUAUACAAAAUUUUUACUGCCUCAGAAAUAAUGGAAGUUAUUUAUUGCCUAUUGUUAACUUAUUGGAUACCUAAAGAGCAGCUCUCUAUGCUAGCUAGAUCCUUUGAAGUAGUCUCUAGAGUAAUUGUGCCAAGAAUGGGCGCUUUUUCACUGUUGAACCCUACACCCUUUACAGUUCAUGCUUUUAUCCUCUUGUUUGUAUUUGUCUGGUUAUUUUGUUCGUAGUUUCCAUUACCUAGUUUAAAGUUCAGUUGUCUGACCUUUUUUCCCCCCUCCCCACACCUUUCUGUUACAUUUGUAGAAACUGGUUCUUUCCUCUCUUUUCUCCCCAAAGAGGAAUCCAUUCUCUCUGACUGCUUUCAGAUGGAUUCUUUUGGGGUUCCAUUGUGCUCUUGUUGACAAGUAUUGUAAGUUAAUGCAAAUUAUGUGAACGGCUCAUAGACUCUACUGAUGAAAGAUUUGCAUUAGUUUUCUCCUGCACCCAUAAAAGUGAUUUUGUUUGUGCUGCAUAGAUUCUGUGUAACUUUUUUCCUCUUCCUUGUUUUUUCCCUAGACAUCUCCAUGCCCGUUAGCCCAUCGUUUGCCUAGCAUGUCCCUGUGGCGUCUCAAAAAAAAAAAAAAGUUUCAUCGUCCCGUCAUUGUUUCUGAUGUCUUUCUGACCUCACAUCAUAUUUGGUUCUCCUACUGACCUUUGAGCUAGUUUGACCUUUGAAAUUUGCAUGUGACCUCAUCUAGCUAUGAAUUCUGGGAAGUCAAUGUGAAAAAACAUUGCUGCAUUCAUGCAAGACUGAAAUUUAUUAUUAGAUAAAUUAAUGAUAGGAUUUAAAAACAACCUGUGGCAAAAUGUUUUUUUUUUCUUUCCUUUUUUUGGUUUUCUUUUUUCCUUUGGGUUUUUUUGUUUGGGUUUUUUGUUUUGUUUUGUUUUGUUUUUUCAUUUCGUAAAAAAAAAAAUAAAAAAAAAAACAGACUUGAAAGUAUUAUACAGGGAUUGGCAUUCUGCCUGGUCACUGGUGACAAUAGCAAUAUGUGUCCAGAGGCACAGAAUGUUGGUUUCUAACAGACUACUUCCAAAACAGUUUGAGAAAUAAAACUGUCUGAUUUUAAGUCUCUAGAGGUCUGUAAUAGUUUUUACAUUUUUCAGGCAGUGUAAAGUUUUUUGAUAAGGCCAUUUUAGGUGGCUCACUUUCUCAUUAAAGUAUAUAUAUAGAACCACUUUUUGUAGAUUAGUAUAAGAAAAUAUUUACCCUGUUUUAGGGCAAAUGCUACCUACUUGUGUCACCUUUUGCUGAACUGACUCACAGUUAGACAAUCCAUGGUUUAAUGCACAUGAAAUUACCUAUAUUUUAUACUGUUUCAAUGUACAGAAGAAAGGUUACUGUAAAAUGUGUUACGUUGGUGCUUCUGUGAAUUAAGUUGUGGUUUCAUCAUGAGUCUUAUGGUCUUAAGUGUUCUAUGUUUAUAAAAGACGAGUUUAAAAUUGGUUUACUUGAACAACAAGAACAAAAACAAGAUUCAAAAAAAAAAAACAAAAAAAAGUUGUUUGCUUAAAAAAAAAAAUUUCAUGUGAAAAAUGAAAAAGUAUUCCAGAAUAAGUUUGUGUUGGCUUGUGACGCAUUGAUGUCAUUUUUUUAUUGUGAACAAUUUAGAUGUGUUUGUGUUCAGCAAAAUGUGAUCGGUUUUUCUUUUAAAGAAAAAAAAAUCAGUGAAACUAUAGUGCCAAAUUCCAAAGGUACUUUCUUCCUAGAGCUUCAGUGUGUUUCUUGUGUGAAGUAAUUUGAUAACAUGGGUAUUUUAUUAUGUGUUUUGUAUAAAUCCCUAAUAUUUAAAGAAAAAAGAGGUUAAAAAGUUUGUUAACUUGCUAUCCUGUGGUCUUGUUGCCUGAAAUUGUUAUUGUUUGUUAUUUCUCUUUGAUGUUUUUUGUAAAACAUUGUAUAAGUGCCCAUGUUUCACUUUUUUAACCACUCUGCACACAUCAAUGCUGUGAAAGCAAACCUCACUAUGUAUUUUCUUCAUAUUGUAUGGAAACCUCUAAGGUGAGAAAGUUUUGAACUUUUAACCCUUUCCACCCAGAGCUGUCUUGAGUGUUAAUACCUUUUAUACAUUCACCAUUUUGCUGUUUAUUUUUAUAUAUAUAUCUAUAUCUAUAAAUAUAUAUAUACUUAGUUUUUUGUGGUUUAUUUAAUACAUGGUUGAAAUCAGAACAAUGCACAGGGCAGAUCUGAAGGACAAAAAUAUUUUACUGCUGUCUAAAUUUCUUCUGUAUCUAUAACUAAAAUUAUUUAAAACCGUAAUUAACUUGUGGUUUUCCUUUUUAGAUUUUGGGGGAUUUUGUCUUUUCUUAAAGAGCUUUUAAUAUGCUGCUGGAAUAUGCUAUUCAGUAUUAAUAAAAUAAAAGAAAAAGAAAACAAUUCUUUAAUUAUCUAUUGUGUGAGCCACUCCCAGACAGGAGUGGUAAAUCCACCAUUUGAAAACCUUGAGGAGAAAAAAAAAGUAAUAUUUUUGUAAUUUAAAUAAAUGAACUUUUGCUUAAAUCAGAUGCACUAGAUCUUCCUGGGUGAAAAUUCAGUGUGCACUGCAGUUAAACUACUUUUUAUGGAUAAAGUUUACAUACACUGUAAUGUUUGGUGUUACCUGCCAUUAUUUGUAACGGCAAUAUAUUGGCUUACUCCUGCAGACACUCGUAUAGAGAGGAGUAACUUUACUCGUACAAGUAGUCCCUGGGAAUAUAUAUGUGACUGAUGUGGGUGUUUGCUGGAGGAAGCUCUGUGUAAGGAACCAGAAAAGAGAUGCUGGUAGCCCUUUUCACUGCCUUGUAAGUCUGAUUAGAUUGCAUUUCUACCGCACAAGUAGUGACCAACAACCAAAUUUGGUUCUUUGCUACCGGUAUAGAGAAUUCAUUGCCAAUCCAAUGUGUGUGAGCAGCAGUACCUGCUACUGAUGAUAAAAAGUGCCAUAACUUCUUCCACUUCCUAUUUCUAUCUGAUUAUAUUCGAAGCCGCCUAAAAUUAAAAAACGAAGCCCUAUAUGAACAACAUCAGCUGGUGCACUCUUGUCUCUCAUCCCCAACUUAAAUGCUUCUUUAUGUAGAGCCCUGGGAUGGAAAGGACUAGCCUCUAGUGAUGCAAAAAAGUUUCCUUCUUAUAGCACAUGCACUUAUAAAUAAAUGAUCUAUACUUUUCUCACAUGUUUUUACUACUGCUGGGGCCUUCCUACACCCUUUGAGGGCUAUUUUGUACUACUUGCAGCAAUUUUGCAUAUUCAAAGUAUCAUCUCACAUACAUUAUAUUAUAUAUAUGUACAUAUAUAUAUAAUAUGAGAUCAUCAUUUGGAUUGUUUCGACUGUUUCACUAAUUUUUCUCAUUGUACCCACCGUAUAAAUUUUCAAAGCUUUUUUAGAUGCCCUAGUGUGUCCUGCGGGUUUACCAGUCCAGUUAGAGCGGUGAUGCCUUUGGUCCUCAGGGAGCGUAACUCGGCAUCGGGCUGCCCCGAAUUACGCUACACGGGACAUUGGCUUAGCAGUGGGAGAGGAGGAAUGUUUCUGUACUUCCAGGCAACUGAGAUGGGUCAUUGCUGAGAAAAGUGUCCAUCCUGAAAAAAAUCUAAAACAAAACAAAUUGAAAACAAAACCAAAAACCCAAACAUACACCUCCUUGGAGACAAAUUAUCUACCAGUUCUCUUUCAAAAUAUUGAAAGGAAAAAGCUGCAAGGGUGCAAGGGCCUAAUAAGAGAGGAAGAAAAACAAGGGAAAUUGCUUUACAAAAUUCUAAUCAAAAGACUAGACUAGUUGUUUUUUCAAACAAAUUAGCUAAUUGCGAUGAAAUGGCAGUCCUCAAAGGAGUAACAAGUUCAUCUUUCUUUCACCAUAGGGGUUACAGUUCCUUGGCUUGUGCUACUCUGGAAUCAUUUUACUGUUUCUGUUUUUAUUAUCUUAAGUGCUAAUUAACAAAAGGAAAAAAUAUCCUGUAGUUUCAUUACCUUUUUGGAUAAUGUCAUACAAAAAAAAAAAAAAAACAAACCUAUGUAUUUGUGUUUUUUUUGUGCUGUGAGAAUUGUUGUUUGUAGAUUAAUAAUACUAUCAUUUUGUUUAGAAUUACAAACUAGUUUUUAAGUAUUGUCUGAGAAAAGCCAAAGUUAAUGCAAUCUAGUGGAAACUGUAAGACCAUUUGAGUAUUGUUUCUGUUUUAUUGAUGCAUUUGGAUUUUGUUGUUUGAUGGAAUUUGAGCCAAAAAAAAAGAACAAAAAAAAAAGAAAAAAAAAGCAGGCUUUCCUAUUUCUACAACUUGAUUGUACUUAUGCAUUUUGUACCAGUGGAACUUUUUAUACUGGAGAUUAAAAAACAAAUGGAAAUUUUUGUGGCUUACUCUCGUGGGCCCCCUCGAUCAUGACUGAUUUUCAAGUUUGAUUUCUGGACGGUAGAAAGAGAGUUGGUUUUGUUUAGAGAAUUCAAAACUUUGGCUUGAUUUCUUUUUUUCCCUUUGCUUAUAACUAGUGUUUAGAAUUUUGUCUUAACAAAAGCGGUAAGUUUCACUUUUUAUUCUGUAUCGUGCAGUUACACAAUAAGGUAAUUAGAAUUAGGAGUACUCGGUCACUUUGCGUGGAUAAAUGUAUUAGUUAAAACGUUAGGGGUUUGCUUUUUUGCUGUUUAGAUCAGAGUUUUUUCUGAUUCUUCUGUCCUCAUUGUGAACAUAACCGUGUAGUUGAAACAGUCAGACUUAUUUUUGUAACGUAUGUUAUUGUGUGAUGCAGUUUUUUGCUUCUGUCUCCAAUAUUAAACCAUUUUCCUAAUACUUGUCUCUCUACUUUGUGUGUUGUAUCGUUGGUGGUCAUUCUGUGUUGGUAAUACAUCUACACACCUCACUGUUUCACGUGCCUGUUUUUUUUUUUCUCUAUUUGUUGGUUGUGUACAAAAGAUACAGUCGAUUCCACCUAAGUGAAUAUCUGAUUGGGGAGCAAAAGAGGAUUUGUACAUUUUAGACAUGUUAUGGUUUCUUUGAUUUUUUCUUUUUUUUCUCUCUUCUUCCCCCUAGUCAUGCCUUAUCACUUGGAUAAUCUAUAUGGCAGGAAGCAUUUUAAAUGAGUUUCCUGCAAAGUCAUAUUGAAGGUAGCUUUUGUUAGCCUUCUAACUGCAAAAGCUUCUGCACACAAACACACAGAAGCCACCUGAAAAGAUUUUUUUUUUGCUGUGACAUUUCAGUCAGUCUGGAAAAUGCGGAUUAUGGAGGUCAAGUCUUCCUAGUCGUUAAAAAAAAAUAGUAAUACUCUGCCACUACUUCGCAGAAGCAUAUGAAACAUUCAAGAAAAGGAGGAUAUAGCCUUGGGAUUUCUUCCAAACUGCACAGUAAUCUGAUGGCAUAUGGUGUUAGUCAAACUCUCCUUAGAAACUAAUCACAUCUUAACUAGGGCUGUGAGAGUCUGCAAAAGCCUACCAGGUGAUCAAGCUUGUUAUGUGCAGUUAUACAUAUAAUAAUUAAAAAAAUAAAAUAAAAUCCAAGUGAGCACAGGCAGACUUUCCAUUAAAGCCAGUGGAAGUUAAAAAAAAGAAAAGGAGCGAUAAAUGAUGGAAAAAUCCCUGUUGUUCAAAUGGGUGAUAUUUUUGCUGUGGGCUUACAAAGCAGAUCAUUCUCAGCAUUGGCUAAUAGUAUUACACAAAUCUCGAAAAGGGACAAAAGAAAUACCAUAGCACUUUUUUUCUCAUUAAUUUUUAUGGUUGGCUUUUAGCUUUUUUUAUUCUUUCAUUUCCUAUAAUUUUUUCCUCCUCACAAGAAUCUCUCUGCUCUCCCCCAAGCGGUGUCUACCAUGAUGAAAUAAAAGCUGCGAAAGAAAAAUCUAUGUUGUUCUGGUUUACAAAAAGUCUUUCUUCUCUCCUCUGUUUGAUCGCAGAUACAAACCUUACAAUUUGGAGAGGGGGAAAAAAAUAAGCAAAACCAACCAAACCAAACCCAAGGAGGAGAGAGCAGCACUGGCGAGUGCUCUCUGGAAUUCAAGCCAUACGCCCCUGUCCCUUUCCUUUGUCCCAUUUUCUGUGAUGCUCAGGAAUCGAAGACCACUUAAAAGUGCUCUUAUGAGACCCAAACGACACUCCUCCCUCUUGUCUCCUCUCCCCUGGUCUUUCUGGCACUCUGGCUUUGGCUCACACACACGCACACACACACCCCCCUCGAGAAACAUCUGGUGAGGUCAUGGUGCACUGGGUGUUUCCAUGUGGUGUCAGCAGCGACGUUGGCUCCUGCGUUUGGAAGAGUUUUGAAAUUUUCCGGUGGCUCAUGAGUUGGCCUGGUUGUUAUUGGUCGAUAGAUAUUUUUUUUUAAACUUUUUUUUUUUUUUUUGCUUUUUUCGCUUUUCCAUUUCCAUGAAAGGCAAAUAAGUGAUGAGUCUGGAGUCCCAAACAAGCUCAAAUGUCGUCUUGCAGGGUCUGUUCUCAGAGGUCAGGGGUCCAAGCAACUCUAAGAUUAAUCUAAAACCACAGAAACCUGUAGUGGACAGCCCAGGCAGGAAAGCAGAAACCGAUGGUCAGAGAUUAUAUCCUGGGCCUUUGACACCUCUAGAGUUUAUGGUCCCAGUUUGGAUACUUUUGACACCAGUGGAUUCAGUUAAGUAAGUCUUGACUUGCAUGAAUGGUGAAUCAGAAUUCGUCUCCGGGUUUUUUAGGUUGCUGUGGAUGUUUUCUUUUUUUUUCUUCUUCUUUUUUUUUUCUCCAGACUUGGUCUUAGGAAAGAAACUAGAGCUUUGUGAAGAGUCUUUUCUUCCAAAAAUACAACUGAAAAAAAAGACUUAUACUGCAGUUGGGUUUCUUUUAAAUACUCAGGGCUGAAAGAUACAGGUUUUUCUUUCUUUUUUUUUUUAUUUCAACAAUGGGGAAAAAUGAGUUCCUUAAAGCAAUGUAGCUGAACAGUUUGUCCUGCUUAAAUGCAUGCUUUUAAUUUCAAUUAUGUAAGGCACCUUGCAGUGUUAGCAAAAUGUCUCUUUGUUAGCUAUAUGUGUAUCGCCAUGGGAAAUUACCAAACUGUCACAAGACUUGCUGAUUAAAGAACAGCCUGCCAGAGUGUGUGUGCCUUUGCCCAGUGUGACUCUUAGGUAUUAGGCUAAGGAAAACAGUUUAACAAAAUGUAGUGUGAAUCAUUCCUGAUAAGUGAAUAAAGCAUUGUGACCAAGCAAUCAGAUUAUUCACUUAUCAGGAAUCGACUGUACUGAUAGUUUGCCUGAUUGUUUUUGUUCCUCAUCUCUGUUGUAGUUUCACUACUUUGCUGUGUUCUGUUUUUUCUCUCAUGCUCUUAGCAAAAUCACUGGGAAUAUCCCUUCGUGUGAUCAUGAAACAUGCUACUGAGUAACAAAUAAAAAAAAAAAUUUAAAAUAUAAAAAUGAUAUCUUAACAAAAUCUAUGCACUUGCUAUCAGGAACACAAUACUGGAUGUGUCUUAUAUAUAUUGAACUAUAAUAGUAUUCGAUUUCUUAAAUAAAGCUUAAGAAAGGAUUCUGUUGUCUGUAAAAUUUUAUGAGCAUUAAAUGGAAAAAAAAAUGUUUCUAGGGUUGGGCACUUUUUGUUAUAUGAAAUCUUACUGGGCACACGGUCUUUAACCGUGCCCAGGCAAAUGUUACAUAAUUCACUUGAUAUUUCGUUAAUAAUGGAGACCUUGAAAAUUAGGCUUACUGAAAUGUGUGGGGAGAAAAAGUCUUACCAUUCAGUGACUUGCAGCAAAUGAUAUUAAAAUGCAGAAAUUUCUAUCUUUUUCUGUAUUUGCAAAAGCAAACGUGCUUGCUUUUGUACUAAAACUGAGAAAUAGCUAAAAUAUGUGAAUCAGAAAAUGUAAUGAAACAAUGCUAUAUUACUUCCACAAGCAAUACUCUACUUCUUUUUGGUAUGUGACUUUUUUUCCUCUUGAUUCUAGAUAGUUUUAGAAUAAAAAAAAUGAAGCCCCGCAUGCUUAAAAUCACAGCUACAACACUGGAGGUCAAAGCAUCUUUUUGCAGAAGAUGUGUGGCUUACUGUACGCUUCCUGUAUCUGAGCCUUCUCUUAGGAAAGUAUUUUCACAUCAAAACCCAUGAAUUAAAUGAGAAUCGAAUAGCUAAAACUGUUGAGUACACUGAAAAAUUUAUUCCUUCAAUGGCUGUACAUUUGCCACAAAAUUGUAGGUUUCAAACUAUCAGAUUUUUAUGGAAAUGCCCGUACUACUUGUAUUUAGCAGACUUUCAAUGACAGCCUUUGGUGGUAGAAAGAUCCAGGAGAGUGGUGGGGGUUGCUUUCUUUUUUUCUUUUGAACUGCAUUACUGCCUCACUUUUCAUAUGCCAUUAUAUUAUCUGAAAAAAAAAAAAAUUAAAUUGUGAAAAUCUA